AUGCCUGCGGACCGCCUGUACCUGCUUUUCUCGCUGGUUGUGAUCUCCUGCGGGGAUGGUGUCGUGAGGGCGGCGCCGGAUGGUGGUGUCCUCGGCGGCCUACCCACGCUGCUGGCCGCCGAGGACAAUGUCAUCUCCACUGUCCCAGACGGAUCCAUCACCGGCCAGACGGCCCUUUAUCAGGUUCAGACUCCGUCUGCCCUAACACCAGAGCCGCCCUUUGCCCUGAGGGUCCUGGUGAAGGAUCAGGUGACCCGGCGGCGCCUGGGUGGGGCCCAGGUGGAGGUGUUUGUCAACCACACCCUGAGUAGCCAGGCCCUGACUGGGGAGAGGGGAGAGGUGCUGCUCAGGGUCCCCUACAGCCUGGGCCUCAGCCUCACCAUUGUAGCUAGCAUGGAGGGAUACGUCCUCACCCCAUUGCCCUGGAGGACCACCAAGAGACCUAUAUUCUCCUCAGUGACCUUGUCGCUGCUCCCUCAAAACCAAGGCAACAUCUGGCUGUUUGACGACUCCGUGCUCAUCACUGGGAAGUUACCUGACUUCUCCUACCAGCCCAGCGUUCAGUUCCCCAAGAGUCACCUGAUGCUCUCAGACCGCAGUAACACCUCCACAGUGAUGGCCUACCUGACCGUGCCACAGCGCCACCUAGGCAAGGACUGUGUCAACUGCAACCCAGGCAUCAUUCACAACAAGUCAGGAGUGUUCAGGAGUGUUGAGUUGCGGGCGAUGGCAGCGGUCAGCACUCUGCUGUACUCUGGUGGUCAGGAGGUCCAGGUGAACGGCCCCAUCCAGAUCUCCCUGCCCCUGGCACACACCACCAACCUGAGGCCCUCGGACACCCUCCCUGCCUGGGACUUCAACACCAAGACAGGUGCUUGGGAGAACCAGGGUCUGGGGAUAGUGAAGAUGGUUGGAGAUCAUCUGGUCUGGACCUACAUUGCUUCUCACCUGGGUUACUGGAUCGCUGCACCCCUACCCUCCUCCAACGGUUAUAUGGGCCAUGCCAGCUCAAUGGAAUUCCUCUCCUACCACACCUACCUGCUCAUAGGAAUACUGGGUGGGACUCUGGUUAUAGUCUUGGGGUUUCUGGCUGUGCUGCUGUGUCAAUGUGGAGGUUCAGGUUCCUCUCAGGGGCCGAGGAGGAGGAGGAGAGCACGGUUCUCUAAGCUGUCCGUUCUGAAGAAGGACCAGACCACCUCCACCCACAUGGAGGAGGGCCAUGCCAUGAUGUCCUUCCACCCCGGAGACAGAGCCCAUGGCCUGGCCUCGCGCAGCGUCCAGUGUGACCCCUCCACCCCCAGGCACAACAAAGCCAACUACAACAUCUAUGUAGAAGACCCCGGGCGUGGGUCCGCCCUCCUGUAUGAAAAUGUGGGGAGCGGGGCCAAGGGACCCCAGGCAUCACACCACUACGUCAACAGUGAGGAGGUGGCCAGGCUGAGGGAGAGGUCCAGAGAGGAGCAGAACAGAGCCCACCUGGGUGGAGGUGCUCAGCUGCUCCACCUAUACAACCAGCCUGUGGCCAUCCUCCAGGCCCCGGAGCGCUUCAGCAGCCAGGGUGGGGAGCAGCAAGGAUCAGGCUGCAAGUCGGCCACCUUCCCCCGCAACGGGGGAGCCUAUGACUCCCACUCCCACUCUGAGCAGGGAGGUCAGGACAGCUACACCCAGACCCUCCCUAAGAACCCCCACCAUGCCCAGGGAGCCAACCCCCAGCAGGGCGGCCAGGACCAGCCCCAGGCCCUGGAGACCACUCCCCAAGGCCCAGCCUCUAAUCCUGGGGCGUGGGGCCGUUACAGCAGCCUCCCGGAGUCCUCCGUUUCCGUCCCCGGUACUCUGAACGAGGCGGCUGGAAUGAGGGCCUUCAGCAGUGGGAUGGGGGGCCCCAGUGAACUUCAGGGGAUAUCAGAGCGAACACUCCUGGAGUUGACCCGAGGCAAGGCCUCGUCGCCUCACCCCAGGGCCUGGUUCGUCUCCCUGGAUGGGAAACCAGCCGCCUCAGUCCGCCACUCCAUCAUAGAGCUCCAGGGACGCCACCCACGGCCCCCCAGCAGCAACGACACCAGCCUGGACUCUGGCGUGGACAUGAAUGAGCCCCAGCAGAGUGUGAGGGAGGCGGAGCGAGAGAGGCCUUCCAUCCGGGGCUCAUUCCCCCACCACAGCAGAGGGCGCUACAGCGAGGAGCAGGACCUGAGCAGCAGUGAGAGCGGCACCACCGCCACCUGCACCCCUGAAGACCCCUACCUGAGGAACAUUCUGGACGGGAGCAGCGGGGCCAUUCCCAAUAUCCCGGAGGAGAGGGACGGGAUGGACACGUCCAGUGCACAGGAGGACAGUGAGUCGAGGGGGACACCGCCCCCACGCAGGCUGAGGAAGGUGAGGGAGAAGGGGAGGGCCGAGAAGAGAAGCGCCAGGCACCAUGUCAGAGAAGAGAGGCUGGUCAAACGGAGCUAA